AUGCCACGCGAUUCGGAACCCAAAAUGAUGCUGGUUGGAAAAGGUGUCGAUGGAACAAAAACCCUUGGUGGAGCAAAACCAUGGGUGCUCCACGACAACAUACCGACCAAGACCUUGCAAGAAGAAUUGCAAAGGUAUUUGGAUGAACAUGUUAGGCCAGAUGAUCAAACGGAGGAAUCUGAUGAAACGGAGGAGGAAUCUGAUGACACGGACGAGAAGUACCCGUCUUACAAUCAGCCCUCCAAGGAGAUGUUGCAAUUCCUGAAGCCAAGCAUGGGUCAAGAUGAGUGCCGCGUUAAAAUCUCCAGCCUGGCUGCUAAGCUUACCACAGAGUGCCAUAGAGUUAGGAAGGCCGUGACAAAGAAACUGGGGGCCCUCCCUCACUGGCAGAUGAAUGACAGGUUCACAGGCUAUCAUGAUCUUCCGGAGAUGACCUGUGAGCAAAACGUGAAGGAGAUAUUUUUCAUGGGCAACGACCUGAUCCAGGCGAUGCGAAUUCCCAAGAAACUUCUGGAGGAAAGUGAUUCCUCCUUCGAAGAGGAGCACCCCAAAACCCUGCGUUUGGCACAAAGCCUUUGGUUCCUUAGGAGUUGGUUCCCUUACCUGGCAAUCACCAAGAAGGACGCAAUUCUAUGGGCGGGCUUCUGGACCGACCCCAAGGUGGGCCGUGAAGGACGGACAUCAAAGGAACGCCUCUUCCAAUUUGCAAAGUGGACGGAACACGACACCGUCCACCCUAGCACUCCGCUGGGGCGACUGAUGGAAGAACACAACGAGCUUUCUUCGUGCUACAGGAGUGGCGCCCUUGGGAAGAGUAUGGCCAACAACAUGUGGGGCGUGGCCAGUUUUGCAUUUGUCCUUGGAAUGCGAGAGAAACAACAAGGAACAGUUAUUGCCCUAGUCAACAAGGAGAUGGAGGGAGAUCGCGCUUUGGAGCAUUCGGUCUUGUCCAGAUAUGAGCUACCAACACUGGGAGUUGCUGCGUGGGGGCUCGGCUGGUGGUCUCCCCAGGUGCUAGUCAUUGACCUCAUGGGCACGUGUGAGAGGACAAGCCCCUUCUUGCGCCAGCAACUCUACAGCGGGCUCAAUGCCUGGUUCCAAGCAGCAGCCGAGACUAUGACCGCUAGGGAGUACGCCCGACGGUCUGGGCGCAUUCUUUGGAAAUGCAUCAAUUGCCCUUUCGCAGGAUGCCAACUUGACAAAAGGCUGGCAAAGGACAUCCAGACGCUGAUAAAGGAAGUUGGCUUGACGGCAAGUGGCUUCACGGCUCUCCAUCUUGCGGUACGCGAAGGGCACCUGGAGCUUGUGAAGAAACUGCUGCGGGAAGGAGCCGAUGUCAAUGCUAAGGACGCCGACGGCAAUACGCCACUCCUUGACACAAUGGUGCUCAGCGGAGAAAAAAGUUUGAAAAGCAAGAUCCCGGACUUCGUAAAGGUCCUCUUGAAGCAAAGAGCCGACAUUGAUUCGAAGGAUCAGUUUGGAUAUACGGCGCUUAUGAAAUUUGCAGGCCUGGGAAACGAGCCUGUUGUCAGAAUCCUGCUGGAGGGCAAUGCGGAUGUGAACAUCAGGAAUCUUGACGAUGGUGGCCAGACAGCCUUGGACAUGGCCGAAGAAGUAGAGGUCAAAUCAUCAGUCAUGCUGAUCGAGCUGCAAGUGUGCGGAGUGUUGGCCCUGGGUAUGCGAAAUGCAGUGAAUUUUGUCUUCAUUGAUGAUGAUGACGAAGAAGAGGAUGGGUGUACCGUUGGCAUCGAAGAGGUCUUCAGCUUUGAUUUGGAGAAAGUGGCUGAGGCCUUGCGCCGUGGUGCUGAUCAGGACGAACUCAGUCACAUCAUUGAGGAAGCCAUGAUCCAAGAUCUUCCUCAACGAAUUGCGUCGACUGGAUCCGGUGAGGCCGGUGUCCUUCAGGCACGACAUGAAGAGACUUCAUCUACAGUGACUCCUCGCACAGGUGACCUCUCGGCACUGAUGACACCUCCAUGCGAAGCACCUGACGAAGGCCGCACCCUCUGUUCGAUGCUUUGCCGAACCUCCACUAGUGGAACCAAGGUCUUUGUCCACUGA